UACUAUGACAUUAUACCUGAGACAUUACUGGAAGGACGAGCGCUUGUCUUUCACCAGCACUACAAAUAAAAGCAUGACUUUCGACGGACGCUUGGUGAAAAAGAUCUGGGUUCCUGACGUCUUCUUCGUCCACUCUAAAAGAUCUUUUAUUCAUGACACCACCACAGAAAAUAUCAUGCUGAGAGUGUUCCCUGAUGGUCACGUUCUUUACAGCCUGAGGGUCACCGUUACAGCAGCCUGCAACAUGGACUUCAGCCGUUUCCCGCUGGAUACACAGACCUGCACUUUGGAGUUGGAGAGCUACGCCUACACAGAUGAGGAUCUGAUGCUGUACUGGAAAAGUGGAGAUGAGUCUUUGAGUAUAGAUGACAAAAUCUCUCUCUCUCAGUUCCUCAUUCAGAAGUUUCACACCACCUCUCGCCUGGCUUUCUACAGCAGCACAGGUUGGUACAACCGCCUGUAUAUAAACUUUACCCUUCGCCGCCACAUCUUCUUCUUCCUGCUGCAGACUUAUUUCCCUGCCACACUUAUGGUUAUGUUGUCAUGGGUGUCGUUCUGGAUUGAUCGCAGGGCUGUUCCAGCCAGAGUUUCAUUAGGUAUCACCACGGUGCUCACCAUGUCCACCAUCAUCACUGGGGUGAACGCCUCCAUGCCCAGAGUCUCCUACAUCAAAGCUGUGGACAUUUACCUGUGGGUCAGUUUUGUGUUUGUGUUCCUGUCCGUCUUGGAGUAUGCAGCAGUCAACUAUCUGACCACGGUCCAGGAGAGGAGAGAGCGUAAGCUCAGAGAUCGAGCAGUUAGAGAGCAGUCAUUGCCCUGCACCUGCGGUAUGUCCCACACCAGGACCAUGAUGUUAGAUGGGACCUACAGUGAGGCUGACACCAACAGCUUGGCUGGCUACACAGAAGCUCCCAUGGUUCUUGAGGAUGUGGUGCCAGAGAAACAUGAGCACAUGGUGGUUCACAUGUCCAUGAGCAGCGAGUCCACCACCACCAAGAAAAAGGGCAUCCGCGCCUUACGCAUUAUGCAGAACACGCAUGCCAUUGAUAAGUACUCCCGCAUGAUCUUCCCAGGAGCCUAUAUAAUUUUUAAUCUUAUUUAUUGGUCAGUGUAUUGCUGAUCUUUCUCCUGCUACGUCCAUCUUUAACUCUUUUUUGGACUUCUGGAGGUUUUAUACAACCAUCCUUGACUUUUUGAUGCACAUCAGACAUUGGCUCAUGUGAUACCAAAUUGCAGUUACAUUUGUCACUUUUCAUGCGCAAAAAGACUGAGAGAAAAAGGGGAUGUCUGUGUCAGCUAAGUGCUUCAUGUAGACCUUUUCAGGUUUAUGACAAAUUAACUGUAAAACACUUAUCAGACAUUGUAUGGGCUUAUGUGUUUUUUCUUCAUGUUUGCAUCAUUGGACUAUUAUGUAUUGCAAGAAAGUCUGGUAUUAUCUUCUCUUUUAAAGGUGUACUAAUUAAUUUUUCCACUUGUAGCUAACAAAAAUUAGUUUUAGCAAAAUAUGUUUUACACUCACAUGAGAUCCAGUCAUAUCAUUUGCAUAUAAAAUACAGAUGUAUUUUAAGGUGGGUUUCACCCUCAUAGGGUCCGCUAUGUUGAGAUUGUAUGACUUGCUGUGUUGUGCAUUUUAAGCAAUUAUUAAUAAGUUUAGAUAUUUAUUUUAUUAAUAUAGCAUAUUUAUACUUUUGCAUUGCUCAAGGUUCUCAUCAGAAUUAAACAAAACAGACAUAAAACGAACCAAAUACAAUAUAAAUAUUGAAGACAUACAGUAACUAAGUUCUUAAAGUUAAUAGACAA